GCAGCGAAAUAUUUCACUACGGAAUUUAAAGAAUGCCACGCGCACUGCCGUGAACCUUUUGGCGCAAAUGAAUCGUUGAACGGGUUUUGAAUCGCUUCCGCCUUCCUUCACACAGAUGCAGUAAAUAUGGCUGAAGGCGGUAGUGAAUCUCGAGUAGAUAUUGUAGUAAACCAUGCGUCUAAGUCAAGUGAAGCUGAUCUCAGAAGUGUUCUGGUUACAAGUUUUUUGAAUUUAGACAAGCUCGACACCGACCUGUACAGAGGGACACAUCACUGGGUUCCUCGCACUAAACGCCUGUUCGGGGGCCAGAUUGUUGGACAGGCUCUUGUAGCCGCAGCCAAUUCUGUCAGUGAGCAUCUCUGUGCCCAUUCACUGCACUGCUACUUUGUGAGAGCAGGGGACCCAAAGGUGCCUGUGCUGUACCAGGUGGAAAGGACUCGGGAUGGCCGCAGUUUCUGUGUGCGAUCUGUCAAAGCCAUUCAGCACGGUCAGCCCAUACUGAUCUGUCAGGCAUCGUUUCACAUGCAGCAGCCGAGUCCUCUGGAGCAUCAGUUCAGCAUGCCCUCCGUCCCGCCGCCGGACACGCUGCACACCGUAGAGGAGCUCAUUCAGCGCUACCUCAGCGAUCCAAACCUGGCAGACAAUACACGACAGGGUUUAAAUAAAAUCCUUGCUGAUGAAGUUCCUAUAGAGAUCAAGCCAGUCAACCCACCUGAUUUUUAUAGUCGUGUUGCCAUGGAACCGAAGAAAUUAUUCUGGGUGCGAGCGAGAGGGCAUAUAGGAGCUGGUGAUAUGAAACUGCACUGUUGUGUGGCAGCGUAUGUAUCGGACUACGCUUUCCUGGGCACGGCCCUGUUACCUCGCCCACAUCACAAGGCCCAGUUUUCCGCCUCUCUGGAUCAUGCCAUGUGGUUUCACAGCACAUUCAGAGCAGACGAGUGGAUGCUGUAUGAAUGCGAAAGCCCGUGGUCAGGAGGCAGCAGGGGCUUCGUCCAGGGCCGCUUGUGGAGACAGGAUGGCGUUCUCGCAGCUUCCUGCGCGCAAGAGGGAGUGAUACGAGUGAAGACGGUUUCUCAGAGUAAACUGUAGAGGACUGAAAACAUACGAUUAAAUAUGCCUUACAAUAGUUGCAAGACUUUCUCAUAUUACUACGCGCCAUCAGUGAGGCAGUGUAUGCAAUGACGACACAAACCGAUUUAAAUCGUGUUUAAAAAUGUAUAUCAUAAUUGCAGAAAUGUCUUUGCUUCUGGGUGUGUAAUGAACAACUGGAUUUAGCAUCUUUAUUGCCUUUCUGUGUUUAAUUACAACCAAAACACGACUCAAACUCCACUGUUAUACACUGAGUUGUAAACGCAGACCAUUUUUUUACAAGUCUAAAUUAUUUAUAGUAUAAUUAUUAUCAAUAAACAUAACAAUCUGAGGUUGUGUUGUACAUUAGCAUUCUUUCAGUGUCGACACGUCCGUUAGUUACUGCUGUAGU